GCAGUUUCUUCUCUCUAGAUUGCUUUAAAUGUACUCCUGUAUAUGAAUUAUUAUAUGUGAAUACUGAACUGUUGUAAUGUGAGCAGUUUUAUUAUUAAUGAAAUAUUAAUAAUUAAUGAUGUGCUAAUUUUAAACUCUGUAUUCAAAUUAUUUGGGAAAUUCAUUGGCACUCUUUGCGAUGCCAGUGGGGGAUUCUCAGACUCAGUUGGCAAUGAAAUGCAACAUACCAUGAAAGAAGGAAAUGAAACAGACAUAUUUGUUCAAUUCACACGCUGCUCCCCCCCACAGCUCAUUCUGCUGUGUACAACAGUCCCCUUCCUUAUUUUGAUGGGUGUAUGUGAGCAUGCAGAGAUGUUUACACGGCUAAUUUGACUUGAUGAUAUACAAGACAUGCACCUUAUAGAUUUUUAGCAACUUGUUGUGGGUUUUUUUUUUGGUUUUGGGUUUUGUUUUUUUUUGUUUUUUGUCUUUUAACCACUACCACUUAUUUUUAAAUGGUAGAGGAGAAAAUCUGAAUUCAAGAUUGUCAUUCAGGGAUUAAUACAGUACAGGCGCAAUGAUUACCAAAUGCUGGAUGCUGUUGUUCUAUCUGUGUUACCAUUAUGAGAUCAUGCCAGCUGCAUUUACACCUACCUGGAUGACACGGCAGUUCCCUUGUGAUGUUAUAUCCAACAAAACAUCAAAUACAGUCAAAUUUGACUGUAAAGGCCGCCAUCUAGAGGAAGUACCAGAAGGGAUAACCAGUAAUGCCACACAUCUCGACUUAUCAGAAAAUUUUAUUAAGAGUAUUAAAGAUGAAUCAUUUUCUAAACUGACAAAUCUGACUCAGCUCAAUCUCAACUGGGCAAACAAAUCCAAGGACGGUUAUGGAUGCAGACUAUUGAACAUUCCUGCAAAUGCUUUCAAAAAUCUCACAAAAAUCAAGCAACUGGAACUGAGCGGCAACUGUCUGACUGAAAUUCCACGCAAUCUCCCCCACAGUGUGGAAACACUUGAGCUAGAAAUUAACAAGAUUAGCUUGGAUAAAUUACAUGACAACAGUUUUCUUGGUUUAAAAAACAUAACAAACCUGUUUCUAUCUAAAAACUGCUACUUCUGGAAUCCCUGUGGGAAGUCUGUGGCUAUUAUGGAAAAACCCUUUCAAAUACUGGACAAACUGAAUGCUCUGAACUUGUCUUACAACAACUUAACACACGUUCCUAAAGGACUACCCCAGUCAAUUACAAUUUUAGGUCUGGAUUCCAACAAAAUAGAGAACAUAUCUAAAGAUGAUUUCCAGGGGUUGCUAAUUUUAAAAGUCCUUGAUAUACAAGGCAACUGUCCAAGAUGUCACAAUGCUCCGUACCCUUGUGUUCCUUGCCCUAACGGUUCUAUUGACAUACAUCCUGAUGCA